AUGACAUUAAUCGUCACUGAUUUACAAAAAUCAUGGUUACGGCGCUCGCCCAGGCCAGCCGUGGGGGCGGGACUGGCGAGGCACGGCGGGGCGCCGACGACGAAGGGAGGCAGGGGACGUGCGCUCCCGGGGCUGGGCAAGGAUGGCGACGAGGGGGCGCGAUGGAGGCGGCGGGCGCGGGUGGCAGAGGAGCAGCAGCGGGCACCUUGGAGCGGGGCGGAGGCGAGCGGCGGGUCCGGCGAGCUGCAGCAGCGCCUGCGAGGCAGGGCAGCGAGGGGCGCGGGCGAGGGCUCGGCAGGUGGGGCGCGCACCGCGAGCAGGGCGCGGCACGGGCGGGCGGCGCGCACAGGGUGCGGCUGCGGCGGGGGCCGAAGUGGACGGCGCGAGCGCUGGGUGGAGCGGGGCCGCGGUGAGCGCGGCCGGGGCGAUGCAGCGCGUGGCCGACGCGGCCGUGGUGAGCGCGGACGGGCGCGGUGGCUGCGCACGGUGGGUACGGGGUGGCGGCGGCACGUGGUCGUGGCUAACGGCGUGCGAGGGCAGAGGGCAGAGGGGAAGAGGCCGGGGGCCUCACCGUUGGGCGUAGGGUCAAGGGCAGUGGGGCCCGAGGUGGGGGACGGGGACGACGAGCGACGAGCGGCGCCGGCGAUGGGCGCAAGGGACGACGGGGCGCGCUGUGUUGAUGACGAGUUGGUGCCGGCGACGUCGAGCGGCGGGGCGACGCCGGGGGUGGGCGCCGACGUCGGGGGGGCGAGCGCCCCCGAUCCAGAUCGGGUCGUGGGGGGAGAGAGGAGCGAGGGGGCCGGGAGGAGUGGGGGUGUUUAG